AUGUUGCCUAAAAUUCGUCGUGUUUCAUCCAUUUUACGUAAUAAUAACAAGUCAAUUCAAUCAACUGAACGUUUGAGUAAUAAAAGUAGUAGUUCAAGUAGUAAAAGUACCGAUGAUGGACAUAAUGUUUAUAUUGAAACCUUAUUAUAUAUUGUACAUGUUGAUGAUAUUGAUUUACCAAUAUCAACAACGGAUGAAAUAACAGAAGAAAUGUAUGAUGGUGGUGAUGAACAACAAUUAAAUUCAUCAAAUAAAUUAAUAAGACGUAUGUCUAAACGAACAACAGCAAGUUUUAAUGAACGUCAUCAAACAUCCAACGCACCAAUAUAUGCACGACCUUCUUUUUCCUUUUCUAAUCCAUUACGACGUCUUAAUAGUAUACUUAAACCAACUGAUAAAGGAAUACAAAGUCAAUCAACACCAAAACAGACAGCUAAGCGAUCAUCAUCUUUUACUAGUCAUUCUCGUUUACAAAGCCAAAAUAAUAACAAUAAUGAUCCAGAACAACCAUUUCCACCACCUCCACCAUCACUUCUUUAUGAUAAUCCAAUCUCAUGUACAGAACAACAAACAAUUAUUCGAGCUCAUGGUCCAGGUCUUACCGAUGGUUUUAUCAAUGAUAAUUGUCAUUUCGAUUUGAAUGCACCUAAUACUGAAUUACAAAAACUUGUUAUUGCAAUUGAUGGUCCAUCAAAAGCUGAUAUUCAAAUUGAAGUUAUUGAUACAGAUAUUUAUCGAGUAUUUUAUACAUGUGAAACAUCUGGUAAUUACCAUAUAUCAUUAACAUAUGAUGGUGAACAUAUCAACAAUUCACCUUAUCAUUUAUGUUUACGUGCUCAAUCAUUACAAGAACAAGUCGUUCCACCUACUCUUCCACCUCCUAUCAAUCCACCUCGUGCUAUAAUUCAACCUAUUGAAUUUUAUGUCAAUACUCCAUGUAUAGUUACUGUUCGUCCAACUGUAACUUGUGCUGUUUUUCAAGCAUAUAUACAAGCACCUCAAGGAAAUAUCAAUUUACCAAUUACUGUUCAUAAAUCAGCAAAAUCAGAUAUUGUAUUAAAAUCAGAAAAAGAACCAACUUGUGGUGAUCUUGGAAAUGUUUUAAGUGAAGUCUUUCGUAUACCAUUAGAAGAACAAUUAGUUUAUUUUCGUGGUCAACGUCUUCAUCAUCAUAAUUCAUCAUCAAGUGGUCGUGCACUAUCAAAAUAUGGAAUAUUCUCUGGAAAUACGGUGACAUUAGUUGGACAACGAACUGUAGUCUAA